UCUCAUGCGUACAACUAAAUAAUAUUGACAGUAGAUAUAUAUUUUCCACUUAUCAUGGAGUUCGAGUACCGAGACAGGCACGAUUAUCGGCGAGGUGAUAGGGCGAUCCGGGGUAGUGGUUUCUUUGAGGAUCCCGUUUACCAGUAUGCCCACAAAGAUAGAAUAAGAACCCGGACUUUCAACCCGUCUUACGGACGCAGAGAAAGGCAAUCCGACUACUACCGGGAAGAACCGCCCAAACAACGCAACCCGAGAAAGUUCUGUAUCUUCUGGACUUUGGUGCUCCUAGUCACCAUUGCAGUCGCUCUCGCCAUCGGGCUUACUGUUUUUCUGGUUUUGUUCUUCACAGGUAUUUCCACUGAGACUGCUGGCGAUUCCAGUUCAUCAAAUCCUUUGACAGAUGGAGCGGUCAACCCGACUCUCAAUCCUGCACUCCCUGUGUCUGGCCCAGUCACCGUGGAAGCCGAUAUGACGGUACAGGGGACGUUCAUUGAUGUCUAUAAUGACCCAUCAUCGCCAGAGUACCAACAGCUUGAAGAAAAAGUGUUGGCAGCGGUGAAUGAUGCCUACCAGAACAGUGAAGUUGGUGAAGUUCAUGAUCGCACUGAGGUGGUUGGAUUCAGAGCUGGAAGUAUAAAACCACGUGUGGUAUCGCAUUUCCGUGAGGCAAUACGAGUACUCGGCAGCUCAUCAUCCAACCUCAAUAUCAUCUUGGAUGAGUUUGUGUCCAGAAUCAUAGUGAUAAUCAACAGGUUCACCAGUCAACCGGAUUGCUGUAACGGCCUCCGAUUAGGACAGUAUCUUGUAGUUGCAAGAAGCAUUGAGCCAGUUCCAGAUAAUGGUAUAGUCACAAAUCCACCAGCAACUGAUCCAGCAACAUUGGCACCGACAAUCCCACCAACUGUUCUAACUGUUCCAUCAGUUCCACCAACUGUUCCGACUGAUCCACCAACUGAUCCACCAACUGAUCCACCAACUGAUCCACCAACUAAUCCACCAACUGAUCCACCAACUGAUCCACCAACUGAUCCACCAACUGAUCCCCCAACUGAUCCACCAACUGAUCCACCAACAGAUCCACCAACUAAUCCACCAACUGAUCCACCAACUGAUCCACCAACUGAUCCACCAACUGAUCCCCCAACUGAUCCACCAACAGAGGCUACAACAGAUCUGCCAUCAACUGAAGUCACCACAACUCUGCCAUCAACUGAGGGAACGACAACAGAUAUGCCAACCCUUCGGCCUAUUGACCCAAAUUGUGAAUCAAUAGAUGUAAAAGCAACUGUGAGAAUCCCCAUCGAUGCAGGCAAGUCGAGGAAAAUUUCAUCUCCUAAUUAUCCCUGUGGGUAUCCCGACUGCACCAGCCUCGCCUGGAUCGUCCAGGCGGCAGCUGACCGCAAGCUUCGGGUGACUUUCACAUAUUUUUACAUCGCUGACACGUCUUUGGAGUCGAUCCAAAUCGGCGACGGUGACGAUAUCAACAACCCGUCUACCCGCUUCUUUGGAUGGGACAGCCCCAGUACUCCCCCUAGUGUCUUGAUCUCCGAUGGUUACACCAUGUGGAUUACUUUCAGGUCAACGGCGGACGUAAGCGUCAAGCAUAGGUUUCAAAUGGAGGUUACCAGUGUUCCAUCUACAGAUUCGAUAAUGUGUUCAGUUGAUAACAAGUUCGACUGCGGCCACUCUGUCUGCAUUGAUAAAACAUUGGUGUGUAACGAGUACAACAACUGCGUCAACGGACUCGAUGAGUAUGACUGUAAUGCUUGCAACACCAGCAGUCACAUCGCUGCCGAGUUCAACACUACUGUCUUCAUAUACUCGACCCGCCAUCCAGAAAACCUUCAAGUUGAGAGUUGUUACUGGCGUGUCACAGCCCCUCCCGACGCUCACAUCAUGGUUCGCUUCUACCACUAUGACCUAGUAUGGCCAGUUGUCUUUGGAACUGGAGAGGAACUGGGUCAGGAUAUGUGGAUAAUUGCUUCCUUAGGUAGAGGAGAAGAGGAGUUUAUCCAAUAUAUUUUUGACCUCAACAAUAUUUGGAUGAGCACUCAAUACGAUUCUAGAUCAAAGUUCCGUUGUGGCAUCCGAGCUGUGCUCGCGCAAGAUUAUACGCCGUGUGGUGUCUACCCGCAUGGGUAUCUAAACAAGGAGCGGUGCGAUGGCAUUUUACACUGUCCUAAUGGAGAGGAUGAAGCCGGGUGUGAUUGCCAGGCAGGAGAGUAUCAAUGCCUUGAUGGCGUUUGCGUCGGACCAGCAGAUGAAUGUAACUUCGAGGCAGAUUGCAUUGACCACUCUGACGAAGGCAGUCAGUGUCUCAGCACAGCAUACUGCUAUGGAGUGGAAAAUUUUUGUGAAACUUUCGUAUCUUACAGCCAGACAUACUUCCCGAAUGACUUUAUGCCUAGCCUCUUGCAAGCUAACGAAGUUACCUUUCGGGCUGUUAAUUUGUUUGCUUACAACUGCAGCGAGUCACAGAAGGUUGCACUUUGCAGAUCAUUCUAUCCAGCGUGCCCGCGUUUCACCUCAGACCAGGUUUGUUCCUCUGCAUGUAAGGAUGCCCUGGAAUGUGCAGGACUAACGGGGAACCCCUCGCUGCAAUGCGAUGUCUAUCCCGAACAGAAUUCUUCUUCUGGAGAGGAGAACAGCUGUGGAUUCAGUGAGGAUGAUAUUCUAAAGACGGGUGACUGUGGCACACGCCCUGCAGCCUCUCCAGAUUUGAAUCCAUUCUCGAGGAUCGUUGGCGGGAAUGAUGCACACAUUGCCAACUGGCCCUGGAUUGCUUCAUAUCGAACCCGACGUGGGCAACUUGGUUGUGGCGCAACACUUAUCACUCCACUGUGGGCUGUGACUGCUGCACGCUGCUUGUACUCAUCAGGCUCUCUGGUGUUUGGCAGCUCACUUUUGCAUGUUCCUGAUUCCUACCCACACAAGCGUACUGUUGUAAAGGUCAUCAGGCAUCCACUGUACAGUUAUGUGGAUCACAGACACGACAUUGCUCUCCUAAGGUUGGACUCCCCGGUGGAGCUGACCGACACGAUCCGUCCAGCGUGCCUGGCAACUGAAGACAACGAGUUAGAGAUAUAUCAUACCUGUCAUGCAGUAGGAUGGGGUCGGACUAGCCAGCUAGGAAACUCUGUUUCACCUGUUCUUCGAGAGACUUUGCUUCCACUGAUAUCACAUGAAAACUGCCUGCAAAGAUUAAAAAAUGUCAGCAAUGGAGGUAGUCUGUUCGUCUCCCACAAGCAGAUUUGUGCAGGACUUGGUGAUGAACUACAAAUGAAAUCAGCUUGUAACGGUGACAGUGGGGGUCCCUUAAUUUGCACCAGUGGAAACGGUCUCUGGAAGUUGGUUGGCAUCACAAGCACUGGUUUAGAUUGUGGAAAGCAAGGAACUCCUUCAGUUUUCACCAGGGUCUCCCAGUACAUUGACUUCAUUAGAUUCGCAAUAGCAACAGAAUUUCGGCCCUACCAUAUCUUUGACUUGAAUGUCAAUGAGACUGUCACAAUCACCUCGCCAUCCUAUCCUGACAACUAUCCCAAAGAUCUGGAUAUAAUUUGGCUCUUCAACGCUUUCGGGUAUAGGAUAUUGGGUACUGUUACCAGCUUCAACACUGAGUAUGCAUAUGACAUUCUCACGGCUGGAGAUGGUAUUCAGGUUGAGCAGAACAAGUUUGUUGAGUGGAGUGGUGCAGUUGAACCGCAAUCGACUCUACGAUCGGAACAUAAUACCAUGUGGCUCAGAUUCACUUCCGAUUAUUUUACUACUGCACCUGGAUUUUCUUUGACGUUUACCAAAGAAGACGUUUUAGAUGUCAAAGAAUGCACUUCUGAAGAAUUCGACUGUGGGCAUUUGGUUUGCAUCGAUAUGGUGCGAAGGUGCAAUGGUGUUAUGGACUGUGUUGAUAACAGCGACGAGUUUAGAUGCCGUGUAAUCCGGGGUAUCUUAAUAAACAGAAACACAGAACAGGUUAUCACGUCUCCUAACUAUCCAAACCCCUACCCAAGUGACAGCUUAAUGACGUGGAUUGUUGGUAUGACUGAAUACAGACGACUUCAAAUAACCUUUAUGAAUUUCGAGGUUUUGGGGGCGGAUGAUGUCCUUCAAAUCGGAGAAGGGCCUGAUUUUGAAGACGAGGGGACUGGCAUCAGUUCAUCAAGUGGUUCCACCAUUCCCAAUCAGGUCUUGUCUCAAGGGAGCACUAUUUGGAUCACCUUCAGUUCAGGCAGUGAAACAUCUAGCGGUACAGGGUUUUACUUGACUGUUGUUUCUGUUCCCUAUGGUGGAUGUGUCUCAAAUCCCUGCUUAAAUAGUGGAGAGUGUCACCUCAACGAUCCUGCACAGGAUGGUUACUACUGUCUGUGUGAGCCAGGUUGGUUUGGCGACACUUGUAAUGGAAACAUAUGCUCGGUGAACGAAUGUCCAGGAAACAGCACAUGCAUACCGGUCGGUGCUACUGGCUUUGACUGUGAAUGUCGUGAAGAGUUCUAUGGCUCCUCAUGCGACAAAGUGAUUCAGCGGGUCGAGAUUGUCCCAGGUCAAGCAACAGAAAUCACAUCGCCUGAUUAUCCGAGCCCCUACCUCAGUAAGACAUCAACUCUUUGGAUCGUGCAGGUAGCAAGCGAGAAACUGCUGAUAACAUUCUCCAGCUUCAGCACAGUGCAAGACCAGGAUUUUAUCUAUGUUGGAGACGGUGAUGUUUAUCAGGAUGAUUCUAGUCGUUUCUUUAAGUGGAGUGGCACCAACCAACCACCGAGGCUGCUGUCGAAUGGAGCAACAGUCUGGAUAAUCUUCAACUCUACAUCUGGUUCUGCCUCUAAUCUGGGAUUCAAUUUAACAAUUUUGAUGGUUCCACAAAUUGACGUUAUAACUUGUUCAGAUGAUGAGUUUGACUGUGGCCAUUCAGUCUGUAUUGCAUCACAACUUAAAUGCGACAGGCACGCUGAUUGCUCCGAUGGAUCUGACGAACUAGACUGCUCGGUCUGCAACACAACCAGUCAGGUCACACUUGACAUUGGCACACAGUUCUCGAUAUAUUCAUCCGGUUCAUCAAACGUUUACUACAGCAACUGCAGAUGGACCGUGAGGGCCCACCCCGCUGCCAGCAUCCUGAUCCGCAUCUAUCGCUUUGAUGUACCUCAGCGUUCAGGGUUAAUUAUCGCAGCUGGAGAAAGAGUAGAUGCUACUGAUCGAACCUCAUGGCUUGCCUAUUUCGAACAGGGUCACCAAGACCCCGUUUACGUCCUCUUUAAUGAACAGACGAUUGGAAUUUUGUUCAAUGGACCACCGUCUGAUGUUGGUUUUCAUUUUGGUAUCGAAGCAGUGAACAGAGGCGAAGGGUACACCGAAUGUGAAGUCUACCCAUACGUUUACCUAAAUGAGGAAAGGUGUGAUGGUAUUUUGCAGUGUCCCAACGGAGAUGACGAAGUCGACUGUGAUUGUCAACCUGGUACUUAUCUUUGUGCCAAUGGUAUAAGUGUCAGCAACCCUGAUGCUGAAUGUGAUGGCAAUGCGGACUGUUUAGACUACUCUGAUGAAGGGAUAAGAUGCCAUGCAUCUGGCUGUGUCAACAUUGAGAAUACGUUUUGUAGUGAGAUCCUGCCAUACCAAAAGACUCUCUUCUCUAACGAGCUGGGGCUUUCACAGCAGCAAGCAAACGACUCGAUAACGGAGCAUCAAGACCAGAUAUUGGUGACCUGCAGCGAGGCACAGCGGGUUGCACUUUGCAGAUCAUUCUAUCCAGCGUGCCCUCGUUUCACCUCAGACCAGGUUUGUUCCUCUGCAUGUAAGGAUGCCCUGGUAUGUGCAGGACUAACGGGGAGCCCCUUUCUGCAAUGUGAUGUCUAUCCAGACCAGAUGUCGGAAGCAGAUGUCUGUAAAUUCAGUGAAGAGGAUGUUAUAAAGACAGCAGACAACUCAGGCCUUCGUCAGGAAGCCCCUCCAGUUCCUGGGAGUGAAACGCAGAUCAAAACCUGGCCUUGGAUUGCUUCAUGGCGGUUCGCGACUGGACUGCAUGGUUGUGGGGCCACACUGAUCAGCCCUCUAUGGGCUGUUUCUGCAGCACACUGCAGUGCAAAUUUAGACUACUUGGUGUUUGGAACUUCAAUUUUACAAGUUCCGCACGACUACCCGCACGUGCGUCGGAUCGCCAAAGCAUACAGACAUCCGGCAUACAGUAGCUCCACCAACAACAACAACAUCGUAUUGCUGAAACUGGAGUCUCCGGUAGUGCUUAGCGACUCUAUCCACCCAGCCUGGUUAGCAACUGAAGACUAUGAGGCAGAUAUCUUCAAAACCUGCCAUGCAUUGGGAUGGGGCGCCACGAGUGAUAAUGGUCCCUUAUCAGAGGUGUUAAAGGAGGUGCAGCUGCCUAUCAUACCUCUGGAACGUUGCCAAUCUAACGCUAGAAUCCGAGGGAGCAUCUUUCUUUCAUCCAAUCAGAUCUGUGCUGAUGACGAGGUUGAUGGAUUUUCAGCGUGUAAUGGUGACAUUGGGGGUCCAUUUGUGUGUCUCAGCGCAAGCGGACGCUGGAAGUUGGUUGGCAUCACGAGUACAGGCGUUAAUUGUGGAGAACUAGGAUCUCCUUCAGUGUUUACGAGAGUCUCCAAGUACAUUGAUUUCAUUAGGUACACAAUGGCAUCAGAUGGCAUUCCACAGUACAGCUAUGACCUCGGUGCUGGCGGCUCCGUCUAUAUAAUGUCGCCAUCCCAUCCACGUAGCUAUCCCAUCAAUCUCGAUGUAUCAUGGGUCAUUCAAACUGGUGAAGACAGAAAGAUUCAGAUCCGUUUCUGGAGCUUUGACACCCAAAGAGCCGUUGAGUUUUUCCGGGCCGGGAACGGUGUUGAUUUUACAAGCAAGGGAUUUUUCUUUGAGUGGUCCGGGAUAAGACGGCCACCUGAAUUACUGUCCAGUGGAAACAAACUGUGGUUGAGUUUUUCAUCAGAUGAAUUUAUUUCGCAUCCUUGGAGUGGGUUCACCUUGACAGCUACUAGUGUUUCCCAAACAGAAUACUUGAGCUGCCUUGAUGAUCAAUUCGACUGUGGACAUUCUGUUUGCAUUACCGGGAGAUGUGAUUAUGUACCAGACUGCCUGGAUGGGGUUGACGAGUCAGAUUGUGAGAGAGCCCUGAUCAAUCAUUUCAUCGCAGCAAACGAUACAUUGAACCUGAAUUCACCAGCCUUCCCAGAGAGUUAUCCAAACGACAUUAACAUCAUCUGGAUCCUCACCACGGAAGUUGGCCACAUAUUUUCUAUCACGUUCAUCAACUUCUCCACUGAGAAAAAAUAUGAUCAACUGCUGGCUGGAAACGGGGACUUCCCAUUAAAUCAAUUCUUCCAGGAGUCAGGCAGCAUUACCCCGCCAGAGGUGCUUUCAAACGGCAAUGUCAUGUGGCUGCAAUUCAUGUCUGACACCAGCUUUAGCGCACAAGGCUUUUCACUGAGGGCUCUUAGUGUCCUCCCAUCACUCGAUACUUUUUGAUAUGUUGCUUUACUAUAAUUGUAAUAUUGGUUUUUAACAUUUACUGAAAACUUUUCCGAAACACCAUUACAAAUAUAAUCCAAGCUCACCACUAAUCUUCAUAUUAUUUGAACCUUGAAGUCCAAAAAAACCUUCGAGGUGAUAAAAUACUUAAAGGCAGUGGACACUAUUGGUAAUUGCUCAAAAUAAUUUUUAGCAUAAAA